CCGACAGCCAAAAGAGAUUCUCUGAGAGUACCUCUGACCCUGGUGGCCUGCCGGAAGUUGGGCCGUGGACUGUAGGUGACCAAGCCCUUUCUGGGCCAGAAUUCGGGCUCCUGGCCAAUUCCUCCCAAACCGGGGCAGAAUCGUAAGCUGAAAAUGCAUAGGUACAGAUGUUUGCUGAGAGCGCAAGACCUGGAGCCUCUGAAGUCUACUUUGAACUCUAGCUUGAUCCUACCGAGUUUAUGACGUUGAACGGUAUGUCUGUGCAUUAGGUUUGUGUCUGAAUUCCUGAAUUCCAGGAAGCCAGAAAAGGGCAUUGGAUCCUUUGGUCCUGGAGUUAACAGUUACUCAGAAUUGAACCUGGGUCCUCUGGAAAAGCCAUCUCUCCAGACCUCCUUGUACUGGGAUUUCUAGGGUUUCGUGUGGCCCAGUCUGGCCUUGAAAGAUAAAGUUGUCUCCAUGCCUCCACCUUCCAAGAGCUGGGAUUUCUAAGUGUGUAUCACCACACCCCACUUACGGGCAUCAGACCCAGCUUUGUGCAUGUUAGAUAUGACAGCGUUUGCUUCAAGCAAUCACCGCAUGUUGGAGACACAUCUCUGCGAUCUGAAGGAAGACUAGCGGGUCUGGGGCCCUACGCUACACCUCACACAUUCUUGCACUUUGCCCCUAGUGGGGCUGCGGCUGCCGGUCAGUUCAGCCUCCCCGCUGUCCACAAUCUUCCAAGGGGAAUCCGGCCGCUGCAGGAACCCUAGAUCAGAGAGACGUGGUCCACACGAGCCCUUUCUCAACUGCACCGAGGCGGAAGCAAGGCGCUGAGGGAGUACAGUGCAGGCUACGCACAUCCGGGGGCUAACCCUGGGGCUGUUUCCUGGUGACGGUGUGCGAGUAGGGCACUUGUGCAUCGCCUCUAGCAGGGUGACAACAUCUGAGAAAACGGCCCAGCCCAGGGAUCACUCCCAGUCCCAACCUCAGCAACUGAUAGCACAAGGGAGCUUGGAAAUCUUUCUCCAAGACAUGAAGCUUUGGGGCCGAAUUCUUUGGAGCCUCCUCUCUGGUCCCAGGGGAAGAAGGGGAGUCUCCCAGGGCUGGGCCUUCAACUCACAGAAGUCUCAUUCAUGUCUGGCUGGGCUGUUGAGUGCCACAGAGAUGGUGAGCCACUGGACACGGGUCUUUGAGGAAAGAGGUAUCCCAGAGGCCCGGGAAUCCUGUGAGUACAUCGUGGCUCAUGUCCUUGGAGCCAAAACAGUUAAGUGCAAUUUUCAGAGCCUGAGACCGGUACUUCGGACCAAGCUUCUGACCCCUCAACAACGGGAGUCCAUUCAGGAGCUAUGUAGCCAUCGGUUACAGAGGAUGCCAGUGCAGUAUAUCCUUGGGGAGUGGGACUUUCGGGGGCUCAGUCUGAAGAUGGUACCUCCAGUGUUCAUUCCUCGGCCAGAGACAGAAGAACUAGUUGAAUGGGUCUUAGAGGAAGUUGCCCAGAGGGCCCCUGCAGUGGGACCCCAAGGUGGUCCUCUCAUUCUGGAGGUGGGCUGUGGAUCAGGAGCCAUUGCUCUCAGCCUGCUGAGCCAGCUCCCCAAGAGUCAAGUUAUUGCUGUGGAUAAGGCAGAAGCCGCUGUUAGUCUCACCCGUGAGAAUGCUCAGAGGCUUCAGUUGCAGGACAGGAUUCAAAUCAUCCCCCUUGAUGUGACCUCAGAGGGGCAUUGGACACACCUUCUGCCCUGUGCCCCCGUGGACUUGGUGGUCAGCAACCCUCCGUACGUCUUCCACAAGGACAUGGAACAACUGGCUCCAGAGAUCUGCAGUUAUGAAGAUCUGGCGGCCCUGGAUGGUGGUGAGGAAGGCAUGGACGUCAUUACCCACAUCUUGACCUUGGCACCCCAGCUCUUGAAUGCCUCUGGAAGUAUCUUCUUAGAAGUGGACCCAAGGCACCCAGAGCUUGUCAGCAGCUGGCUUCAGAGCAGGCCUGACCUGUACCUUAGUCUUGUGGCUGUCCGUAAAGACUUCUGUGGGAGGCCCCGGUUCCUGCAUGUCCAGAAGUCUGCAUCAUAGUGUGGCUACUUUGUGAACACCUGGCCAGGAUUCUAGCCUGCUGGGCGCACCUGGCUGCCCCUGCAUGGGUGUUCUCAGAGGAAGGUGUACAGUGCCUUCCCAAACCCGAGGUGUGGCCCAUGGUUCUGUGAUUCCUCAUGGUGAAUGUUUCUAGAAGACGCGGAAACACAGAGGGAGUGUUCUUCCCAGGGCAGCAAAGAACAGAGACUCAAGAGCUGGGUUUCCAGCCGAGCGCUAUCCUCUCAGUGUAGGGGCCUACUUGGUGUUCCUCUUGGUGAAAUUGCUGUGAUGAUAUUGGGAAGUGUGGCCAGUAAAGUAUUGAGAGAACAAUAAA